UCUUCCCUUUUUUUUUUCUUUUUUUUUCAUUUUGAUCAUUACUGUUAUUACCUUCUUCAUUACUAUCACUUUUUUUUGAUUAUUAUUACUAAUAAGUUUUAUCCAGUGACGAUUAUUUAUUCUGAUAAAAGAUGACCCAUGUUUAUGGAAAAGAGAAUGUUACCGAGAUGAUUUAUCGAUUAAAAGCACGGCUUGCCCUGGCCAAUUUCAAAAGAGAAUAUGGAUACGAAAAAUAUGACUUGAAUACAUUGGAAACAAACUUAUUAUCAAAAAGAGAUAAAGAAAAAUAUUAUCCACAACAACAAAAAGGACGACAUCGUUAUUAUCCUACUUCAUCUACUUCCUCCAUUAACAAACGAUCAUAUCAUCGACGUCGCGCAUCUUAUCCCAUCCUUUAUUCAUUCUUACUAUCUCAAUGUCCUUUGUCAGCAAAACGAAGUACGUCACCAAAAUCCAUACCUACCACUACUACUUUUCCUAUUGAAGAUGAAGAUGCUGCUCAUUUAUUAGUCAUGCUGCAUAAUAGAAAUUGAUUAGUCAUAACCCCGCCUCUUCACUUCUCUCUCUCUCUCUAUAUAUAUCUACAUCUAUAUUGUAAUCAUUUUUCGAUAGACUUUUUAUUAUAUAUAAAACAAUGAUAAUUUU